GGAACUCUUCACAAAAUGAAGUGUCAAGCUCUCUGUAUUUUCUGGCUGCUCAGCGUUGUGGCAUGGGCUAAAUCUGAAGUCGAUCCGUCCAGCGACAAUGAUAUUGAUGCUCAACCCGUUCUUGAUUAUUUCACUCAUACUGAUGAAAAGUAUGGCCUAAGCCUGCACAAGUUGACUUGGUAUGAGGCACAGCUCUAUUGUGCUACACAGGGGUAUUUUCUAGCCAACAUUCCUUCAUAUACUGCUCAGGUCCGCAUAACAGAUUUUAUCCAAGGCUCUGGUAUGGACAACCUUAUAUUAGUUACUAACGAACCCAUCUGGGUCUCGGGUACAAAUCAGGGACUUGCCACCCAAUACGUAUGGCAUAGCAGUGGAGCUAGGUUUACUUAUAAGAACUUUCUCAGGACCCCAUCAUCUGCCAACCGCUGCGUCGCAAUAAAUGCAAUCACAGGCGACUGGACCGCUGAGAAUUGCAGAGACAAGUAUUACUUUGUCUGCGAAAAACACCCAUGCACACCAUAAAAAUUUAUAACGUACACGCAUACUUUGAAAUUGAUUUAUAUUUACGGGCAUAA